CAAAGUGUUGAAUUCCUACGGUCAAUUUCAUACGCUUUUUUCUUCCCUUCUCUGGGCUAUCUCAGCCUUAGCUUUACCGAUACUGGCUGUGACACCCAGGCCUUGUGAAGUUGGAUCAAUACGACAAAUUGUGUUCGAAAACACGAUUUGGGAUGGUCGUAUCACAGAAGAACAACUCCGUCAGUACUAAGGCCAUGCCCGCUCUUUUCCCUAAUGAAUCAGGCUCUCCCCAUGAUAGGCCCCCACAACUGUCUACCCACCAUCAAAUCUCCGACCAUUUCCUUCGCCACAAGCAUUAACAGCACGCUCAGUUCCUCCAAAAAACGCCUAGUAAUCGUCGUUACCAUCGUUGGAACACUGGUAUUGGGGGCGAUUGUCUACGCCUCUUGGUAUUAUGAGUUUCUUACGCUCGAUAACUUUAAGCGUUGUUGGGAAUGCCUCUGGUCGGCUUGUAUUUUCAUCGGUGGGGCGUGCAAAUCCUGGUGGACUCGGGGCUGGGACGUAUGCAGCAGGAUGUGUAAACGGUGUUGGAACGGGGGCUGUCGUGCAUGCAGAUGGGCAUGGAAAGUGCUCACACGAUGCUGGAGAUGCUGGAUAUUACUUUGGGCAUUUCUCUUGCCAUGUCCAGCGUUGUUCCUCUUCCACCCUGAAUUGGAGCGUAGAUUCAACCCCUCUGAGCUUCUGGCAUACAAAACGGCUCUGGUUCUAAAUCUGGGUACCUUGAUCCUCCCGCCUUGUGCUAUUGCUCUGGAUCACACCUGGCAGACUAUUGUGUUGUCGGUGCUGAGCAGUUCCUACUAUUUUCUCCGGAUGGUCAAGGAUGCAAAGAAAUUUAAGGAUUUUGUACGAACUAACAAAGACAUCGAGAAGAUUAUUUCUUCGUAGUAUCUCAACGUCAAGCCAUUCUACUACCGCCGCCUCGUUGAGUCCCGGUUCGUCUUCGCCUAUGCAGUAUGUUUCAAUGGAAUUGUACCUUCAUUGGCUAUCCCAAUGUCUCCGAAUGCGCUAUCAACCCCAACUCACCCGCGACUGCUGUUCACGAAUAAGAAGGAUCUCUAUUCUGUUCUGUUGACAUGGGUCAUCGCUGUCAUAUUCGUUGCAUCUGUCGUCAUAAGUGCAAUCCACUAUCCUCGAUUAUUUCUCUUAGGGUCAGCGACUGUCGCUCAUGGCAUCCUUAACGUUUUU